GAAGUAUGGUACUUGCCACAAAUAAGAUUUUUAUUUGCUUAGUCAUAAUAGUCUAAUAAAUCAUCAAAAGUUGUCCUCUAAAACUCCAAAAAUGCAUACUAAUUCAUAUAUUGACAAUUUACAUACUUGUGUAAUAAAAAAUAAAAGAAUAAAAAAAUCCCUUCUAGGAUGCCAAAGAGAUAUUGAAAUACUAAUCGUUAGUACAUACUUCAGAUGGUUAUUUUCCUUCAGGUCUGAUAGACAGUGCUCUGAUAAUAUUUGGGAUAUUGACAAUCUCAACGUCGUACCAGCACACUUCUACUUAUCAGCUGAGACUGAUUAUUAUAUGCUGGUUCCUGUUCACGCUAUUGUUCACGACGGCUCUAAACAGCUCUAUUGUGACUCGUCUCACUCUUCCCCCUCUACUCCCCGAGAGUAGACACCCUGCAGCAGCUGGUGGAGGGAGGCUACUACUGGACCCAACCUGCAUAUCUCCCACGUCGAACUAACCUCUCCAAGUUCUACUUUAACAUGGACAACCCCUGGCAUCUCCAAUUUGAAAACAAGUACAGAAAAAUAGAACCGCAAGACAUCGAAGAUCACAUCAGCAGCGAUUACAAAAUAACAUUUGUUGCUCAGCGAUGGGGGGACUGGGUCGCACUAGAGAUCGACGGGUUGGACGAAAAGCAAGACCUGAGGGAGUUCAGAGUAAUGCGUGAAUCGACAAGAGAAGCUUACACAUCAUUUGCAUUCAGGAAGCACUUCCCUUUCUACGAAUUGUUCAUGAGAACAACUCAGCGAUUUAUUGACCACGGUCUGUGGGCCUAUUGGGGACGUAAGCUCACUAGCAAGAACUUCAGUAGGAAGGAACUUCUUGUAGAAAAAGACGUCAAAGUGUUCAAUCAACCAGAGCAGUUGACUUUGACAAAACUACAUCCUGUGUUUGUUUUACACAUCAUCGGCUUGUCACUAUCGUUUCUUGUGUUUUUGAUUGAGUAUUAUUACUGUUAUUCUUAACUUGUACACUGAUUUAAAACUGAUUAUUCAAGAUUUAAACUUUGAGGAGUUAGUCAAAAAAUUUGUGUGAGCAACAUUUUUUGCUGUACACCAAAACUGUACAGUAUCAAAUAAUAAACUUUCACCUACAAUUGGUGAAACACCUGUACGUAAAGUUGUAUUCAACAUACAAUUUUUUCAAUUUUGGCACUAUUAUCUUCAGUGUGAAAGUUUGCACACAAAAACAAGUAUUACAAUCGUUUUUCAAAAUUAAUAUUUCAGCAAUAUAUCUUUUUCUUACAAUUUCGUAAUAAAAAUAUACUUGUUUAUAAAUGCACACUAUCUAGUACCAUUGUAAUAAAUAUGUCCAUACUCUCAAUAAAACAAUAAUACUGAACAAACAAGUUUAUUACCAGUAUUCACUAUUAUAAGAAACACUAAAAAAAGACUGCUACAAUUGCCACUACUACCUUAUCAAUUGUGUUGUUUUAUUACACACUAAGAUUAUACGAGGUAGAGACAAACAGUUCCCGGAAUUGAUGAAAAUAUAUAACCAGCAGUUGGUACUACUUCUGGAUAUAGAAUAUCUGUAGUGAUGGUAUCGCUCAGUUGCAAUUGUUUACUUGUGGAGAGUGUUGUUUUGUGUCUGCAAGUUAAUAUUCUCAAUUUUUUUAAAUGGAGAUUAGUGAACAGCAACCAAACAUUAAAUUAUGUGCUUUGCGUCAAAAGUUACCUAGUGGCACUCUUGAAUUGUUAAUUCAUGCUUACAGAGAUAAAGUGUUGAUGAGUCAACUCUAUGAAUGGCACAAACACUUCCGUGAAGAUUGUAUAAGCUUUAAAGAAGACUACAUUCAACUGCAACCAUUGAAGAAAACAUUGCAAGCUAUAUGAUCUAACAGGAGAGUAACAAUUGAUGAAUUGCAUUUGAGGUAAAUUUACCACAUGGUAGUGUCCACAGCAUCCUUCUUCAUUUGUACAUGCAUUGAAUUAUAUUUUGCUUCAUGACAACGCCCUGCACAUCAGUCUUUGUUGGCACAUAAUUAUCUAGUGAAGAACAGUGUUACCACGCUAGAACAUCCACCUACUUGCCUGUCCUGGUGCCAGCCGAUUUCUUCCUGUUCCCGCAGUUGAAAACAUUGUUGAAGGGAAAACAAUUUGCAGAUGCUGCGGCUCUCAAGGAAUUGGCAACGAAAACAAUUAAAGACUUUCACAAAAUGAUUUCCAAAAGUGUUUUGAACAGCUGUAUGAACAUUGGGGCAAGUGUGUUGUUGCAGAAGGAGAGAAUUCUGAGUGAAAAUAGAUUUGUAAGUUUUAACUUUGUUCAAUACAUGUAAAUUAACUUUUUGUCUCUAACUCAUAUAAAGGUCCAUACAAUGAGGCAUAUUAUGUUAUUUCAGUUGUUAAUGGGGUUAAACUAUUAUUAAUUAUCUAUUUAUUACACAUAACAGUUAUGAUGGGAAGUGUUGAUUCAAUUGAAUAUUGACUUUAGUUCCAUUUUAACUUCCAUUUAGUGCAGCAUCUUAGAUGAAACACUGUUACAAAUUCAAAAGUAAUCCAGAUGAAGAGAUACACUGAACACUAUCUCAUCAGUUGCACAAUUCAGUGCACUACAAUGUUUUAGACUAAAGCAAUGGUUAAACUUUAAAUUAUUUAACUUAUGUAAGUAAAUCUUACCUUCCUCUUUCCAAACCAAGAAACUUUCUCCAAUUUUUAUCCCUUCCAAAAUUGUAUGGGUUAAUGUAAAUCUGUAACAAAAAUACAUAUUUCCAUGAAUUAACCUUUGGUGAGCCACUAACGUCUAUGGACGUCAUGGCU